AUGGGAAUAUUAAAAGGCAAAGAAGCUGCUUUAUCACAUAUUGAUCAAUCUAAAACGGCAUUUUUAGCAACAAUGUCCGAAGUUGAACAAGGUGCUUCAACUCAUACAAUGCCACCACGAGAUCAUUAUAUUAUUAAAUUUAAACGUGAAACAAUUAAAAAUUUAAAAGGUCGAGUUUAUGAAACAAUGAAACAAUAUGCUUAUGAACAAUUAGGUGAAAGUAUACCUGCAUUUGUUGGUGGAAAAGAAGCUGAAGAUGGUAAAGUUGGUAUUUUUAAUCCAACAACUCCACCAGUUCCAACUGUUGGUACACAAUAUGUUGCUUGUAUUUAUGAAGAUCUUAAAGUUGUAGAUUGUCUUAUUGAAAUUGAUUGGAGUGAAGUUGAUGAAUUAGUUAAACAAGCAACUGCAAGACGUAAAUCAAUCGUUUAA